GCAAGCCAUAAAAAGCUCCCUUCCCCCUUUCCCCUCUCUCUCUCUCUCUCCUUUUCUUUCCUUCUCACGAAAAAGAGAUCGAACAAAAACCAGAAAACCCUUUCCCGUGAAAACAUCUACCUCCAACUCUAACUCAAACCCUCAUCACUCAUCACUCUCAUUCAUUCAUUCACUUUCCUAUACUAAACCAAAACACACACACACUCAUUCAAACCUCACUUCCCCAACACAAGAAAAACCACACACACACACACACCCAAAUUCAACCUACUUGAGUGGCUUCAUCAUGGACUCAGCAUCAGGGGGAGGAGCACCCCAACCCACUACCACAGAACCUCCACCAUCAGCCUCUAACCCACCACCCACAGCGCCACAACCCGAAGGCUCAUCACCCGCACCACCCAGCCGCUACGAGUCGCAGAAACGCCGAGACUGGAACACCUUCUUGCAGUACCUGCAGAACCACAAGCCCCCAUUGACGCUCGCACGCUGCAGUGGCGCACACGUCAUUGAAUUCUUGAAGUACCUCGACCAGUUCGGAAAGACCAAGGUUCACAUAUCCGGGUGCCCUUACUUCGGCCACCCGAAUCCUCCUGCACCCUGCGCCUGCCCGUUAAAGCAGGCGUGGGGCAGCCUUGACGCCCUCAUCGGACGGCUCAGGGCGGCCUAUGAAGAAAACGGUGGCCGCCCUGAGUCUAAUCCGUUCGGCACCAGGGCUGUGAGGAUUUACCUCAGGGAAGUGAGGGAGGGUCAGGCCAAGGCCAGAGGGAUCCCUUAUGAGAAGAAGAAGCGAAAGAGGACCACUGUGACCGUGUCUGCGGUGGGUAGCGGCGGUGGUGGUAGUAGUAGCGGUGCAGUUUCUGCUCCAAGUGGCCGCGAUGGUGGUGGUGAUGUAACUAUUGGUGGUGGAGGUGGUUCUAGUGCUAGUUUAACUUCUACAACUGACACAGCUAAUGUUACUACGACCACCGUAUAAUAAUUUUAAUUUUCAUAAUUAUUUAUUUAUUUUUCCCGAUAUUUUUUUACAUUACUAUCUAUUUUUAGUUUUAUAAGGAAAUUAAUUGUGAUUAUUUACGGCUUAUAAUUAGGUUGCAUAUUUAAUUAUGUCGAUUUUCCAUCAACGAAAUUUUGGUGUAAAUAUUGUUUAAUUGUUUGUCUCAUCUGCAAUUAAUCAUUCUCUCUAUUAUCUA